AUGCUACGGACCGGCGCAUUCCGCCGAUUAAAAGAAGAAGAAGGAUUUGAAACAAAUGGCUGGGUGCAUCUAGUUUGCGCAUUGUGGAUGCCUGGUAUGUUGAUUGAAAAUCCUCAGAAAUUAACCGAGGUUAAAAUCGACAGUGUGAAUGAGUUGAAUUGGAAAAAGUCCUUUUCUUCUCAAUUUUAUCCUAUGGUUUAUCCAAUAUAUCAACCACCAGUUAAUCCCUCCUAUCCACAAAAUAAUCACCCAAUCAAUUUUUCAUUGCUCUCACCAACAAAACCAAUUAAUUCACAACCAAGAGACAUACCAUCAAUAAAUGACCUUUUAGAAAAAUUAGAUCAAAAGUAUAGAGAUGAUUUGUUUACUCAAUUUUUGGACAGUUUUAUCAAUGAAUCAAUUGAUGUUUUGGAUAUUUUAACAUAG